GACCAACUUGCGCCGCGCCAGUCUGCUUGUUUCCCUGUUUGGAUCUUCCACCCAACCCCGAUUCCUCCGCGCACGCCUACGUUCACGCCCGCGCCGCCCGCGCACCCUCGCCCUCGCGCGAUUCUCUUUCUCUCUCCCUCUCUCUCUCCCCUCAGUCGCCGGCUUGCACCCCCCGACAAUCGACUUGAAGCUCCCCCAGCCACCCUUCAGUCCUCCACCCAUCCAUCCACCUUUGGCCUCCCUCCUCUCAGUCCUGGCCUAGUUCUUGUCUCUGGGCCUGACUGGGUGACUGGGCUUUGGCUCUUUACCUUACUACCUCCGGCCGGCUCUGCCUCGCACACGCUCCCUCGCAAACAGUAUGGCACAAGGCGCACCACGGAGCUGAGAGAGGGAGCUCCCCUACCCCCUCCUCAGUCCUCACUCUCUUGCGCACCGCAACGCACCACACCGCACCACACUGCCUCGCACUCUCCCUCCUCUCUUCUCUUCCUCGCGCCCGCCCAUUGCGCUCCCAGAGAGCCAGAGCUACCACCAGUCGACUCGCACCCACCCACCUUUGACCUUGCCCCGUCCUCCCCCCAUAGCUUUCCUUGCGCCAACCUACCUACCUUGCCUACCUUUCGUCCUGGCCAUCCCCCAACUCUCUCUCUCUUCUCUCUUUACUUCUCCUACAUAUAUCUCUCUCUUCCCAUCCCUCUCUUGCUUGUCUCCUACUGA